UUCUAUAGUGCCUAGGUAAGCGUCAAAUCUCAGUCCAGCGUGGGCGAGGACCACCCCCAACUGGAAGCGCGAGUGGUAAAUUUGGCGUCCCUGUUGAUGUGGUUGCCUUCCCAUUUGAGAGAUCAUAACAAUAUAUUGCUGACUUUAGAGUCAGCUGAGAGUCAGCAAUCGUCUCAUAGUCAGCUCAGUCAGUGAGUGAACUGCUGUCGACGACCGUGGUCGUGUGAGCCACUCGUGUCCGCUUCAAUAUUCGUGGGACCGUAUGGAUUUAUUCCGCUAGAUUGUCGCCCAUCUGGCCCAUCCGAGUCCAUCGUCCAUCGUCCGUCCACGCCCACUCACCUGCUUGGCCGGUGACACUGUUCCUGUGGUGCCCUCCCUUUGGAUUCUUGUUUGUGGUAAAGCUUCUUCCUCUCCUCCUCCCGUCAUCAUGGAUAAUAUGCUCCCGAGUCCGUCGUUCAACAUCCCGUCCAGCACGCCCCAUCAUGCCAUGGACGAGGACCAGAUGAUCAACCCCCAAGCUCAAGCCGCCCAACAAAACAACGCCUUAGGCACGGGCUUCAGUUUCGGCGGAUACACGCCGCAGAACCUGUUGAGCUCGCAGACGCCGCAGAAUCUUUUGGCUAGUCCAGCACCGGGUUCCAGCCACGUUUACGCCCCCUGCGCCUCCCCCGCCCCACCCUCGCCGGCCACCCCCUUAUCCAUGGCCCCGCCCCAGUCCAUGGACACGGGCAUCGUGCCUCAAUUGCAAAACAUCGUGUCCACCGUCAGUUUGGGCUGCAAACUCGAUCUCAAAAAAAUUGCCUUACACGCCCGUAACGCUGAGUACAACCCCAAGCGUUUUGCCGCCGUCAUCAUGCGGAUCCGCGAACCCCGCACCACGGCUCUUAUCUUCAGCUCGGGUAAGAUGGUGUGUACGGGCGCCAAAUCGGAAGAGCAUUCACGUCUGGCCGCCCGCAAAUACGCCCGCAUCGUGCAAAAGUUGGGCUUCCCGGCCAAGUUCAAAGACUUCAAGAUCCAAAACAUGGUGGGCUCCUGCGACGUCAAAUUCCCCAUUCGACUCGAGGGCUUGGUGCUCACGCACAGUCAGUUUAGCUCGUACGAGCCGGAGCUAUUCCCGGGCUUGAUCUAUCGCAUGGUCAAACCUCGGAUUGUGUUACUGAUCUUCGUGUCCGGUAAGGUGGUGUUGACGGGCGCCAAAGUGCGGCAGGAGAUUUAUGAAGCCUUUGAUAAUAUUCAUCCCAUUCUCAAGAAUUUCAAGAAGCAGUAACCCUCGAAGGGACUGGAGACACCCGCAUUUUGACCAACGUUGGACCCCUCUUCAAAGUCUGAAUUUAUAUAAUGUUAACGUUUAUGUCCCCCCCCUCCCCAGGACUCAAAGUGUCAGCUGUGAGUCCGCCCGCUAUCGUCCGUUUCUCUCCCCAAGACCACCCGUGUCUCCCAGAAUGAAUAAACCGUAAAAUAAAGUCGAACUUGCUAUCAAUCCUC